AUGAACACCUCACAAAUUCCGCGCGUUCGCUCGGCAGCUGUCCACUCUGUGUCACUUCUGCCUCGUCUGUUUGGGGGCGCAGCGCAGUUCGUUGUAACGCCCGCUUUUUGCGGCCUUCGUUUCCCAGGCAACAGCCUCGAAGAGUGCCGGGUGAAAACGGCGGAAGGAACCCUCCACGACUGUGGAGACUUUAUCGGUUCCUUACCGCCGAUCCUAAGGCAUUCAAGUCUCAGCUGGAUCCCCCCUUCACCCCCACCUCCCGCCUAUCCUGGUCCGCCUCUAUCCUCUCUUCUUUCCUCCGUAUUUUCCAGCAUGAGUUUACUCCGCGACUUGUUGGGGGUGACCCCCCAGACGGCGCAGGGCGUGCUACAGCUGAAUGAGAGACUGCUGCUUCACGAGGCAGCGGUCCCGGCGCCUCCUGCGUCUUCGCUGGAGCUGAGUGCGGCGGCAACUGCGCCGGCGAAGGAGCGUCACUUGGGCGCGACUCCGCUCGGAGCUGGGUCGGAGAAACUUGCGAGGCGUGGACUGUCUAGGGACCUGCGCGCUGCGGUCACUGGCGGAACCGCUUCUCUGCCUUCGCUCCCCGCCGUCAUGCACAGACCUCACGCGAAACGCUCUCAGGAACGCCGUCCAGUGAGCAAGUGGCGCCUCUGCGCCUUCACAAACUGCGCGCGAGAAGACGGACUUUGUCUGGUUCACUGGCGCAAAGUGACAGACCAACAAGCGCUUCAACUCCAGCAACAAGUUGCGGCGAUGCACGCGCAGCAAGAAGGCUCAGCAGAAGCGAGUUUGGGGACGGAUUCAGAACAGAACGUCAAAGGGAAGCAGGGCGAGUCCGACAUCUCGGCCGACGCCUCCGAUGUGAAGGAAGAAGCGAAAAUCAAGGUCGAGGAAGGCGCUGCUCCUCGGUCUGGCGACGAACACGGUGGAAGCGGACCGCGCUCUCUCUCUUUGCAAAACCGACUCCGCGCCUUCCUCAUCACGCCGGAGAAAGAAUAUCCCUUCGCGAAGUUCAAUGUGAAAACGGUGCAGCCGGCCCUCACUCGAGAAGUGUACGACAAGUACAUUCAGCCUCUGGACAGCUCGUGGAGCGCAGAAGAAACUUUCCAGCUGUGGCAGCUCGUGCAUGAAUACGACCUGCAGUGGCCGGUCGUCUUCGACGCGUUUCCUGCCUCGUUUGGGCGUUCUGUAGAGGAGUUGAAACAAAGAUAUUAUGCUGUUGCCAAGAGAGUGGUGGCGCGUCAGUUCGAGGAAAAAGAAGAAGAAGAACUGGCCAAGGGUCCUGCAGCGAGCAACUCCGUUUUGGCACGUCUGAGAGAAGAAAAGCAGCGGCAUCCUCUCGUUCGCUUCAACUUCAACUUCGUGGCGGAAUGCCAGCGGCGGCUGCUGCUGGAGCGUCAGCAGCGCGUCGGGGUGGAGGAGUUGCAGGCCGAGCAAAGUCUUCAGUCGGAGAUUCGGGCCGCCGAGGGCAAAGUCAAGAAGCUCAGCAAGGCCAGGGAAGACCAGCGGAGACUCCAGAGACGAUUUGGUCUCCCUGCGGACUCUGCACCUCGCAUUUCUGCGGCGAGCUUCCUGGAGCUGCAGGAGCCGACGUGCACAACUCUGAGCGCGCUUUUGGAGAAAACAAAGAAUUCUAGAGUUUCAGAAAAAGGCAUGGCUCUAAUCGACAACUACCUCUCCUCGCUCGGAGUCGCCCCGCCCGUCUGCUUCACCUACAACAUCGCCGAAAGCUACUGGGGUCUCCGCGCGGAGGUGUCGACGAUGCUGCAUUUGAGGCAACGCGUGGAGAAGCUGAAGGAGGAAUUGAAUUACUGGACGACCAUGACUGCAAAUCUCCCGCCGCAGCUUCCAGCUGGUGCUGGCCCGACGGCGCCCGCCCUGCUCGGCGCGGCGCCCCCGGAGGCUUCCGGCGCCCCGCCUGCCUCGGGUGUACAUACACCCGGCACCAAGCUCGCGCCGAGUCCACAUCCAACGCAGUUUUUCCAAGCUGCUCAGGUUGAGGGCCGAAACCGCGGCGGCCGCGAAGACCAGUCGCCGCAGCAGCCGCCCAGCCGGGAUGCCGCCUUCCCUGCUCAAGGCGGAGUGUCUCGGAGCCCGUCGGUCGCCAGCGGUCGGGCCCAAGAAGGCGCGCGCCCCCAGAAUGCUCCUUCUCUCCCUCCGGUCUCUGUGGCGCCCUCGCCCCACAGUGCCUCGCCCUCUCCGCCUCCGCGCCCGCCCCACGUCGCCAGUGUCUCCUCUCACCCCUCCCUCUCUCCCGCCCCGCCGGUCGGGCCGGUGCACCCCGGUCUGGGCCCUGCGGGCCCCGCGGGUCAAGCACCCCUGCAGGACUCCGCGCGCCCCCCUCUGGCCUCGAUGCAUGCGCACUUUCUGGGGGCCUCUGGAGCGGCGAGCCCCGCCUUCGGGGGCUUGGGCCCGAGCCUUCACGGCGCGCCGAACGGACCUCGCGGACCCUCACCCCAACUCGCGCCCACGGGUUCGCCCCAGCUCGCUCAGAUGCCUCACCGGCCGAUGGGCGCCGGCGACCCGCUGGCCUACGGCGCACCUGCGCUGGAGCGCGAGGAGCGGCCUGCGCCCCACCACGGUGUCGCUGCGGGGCCAGGGCCCUUCCAGGCCUACCCCCACUUCCAUCCGGGCUUCCAGGCCCAGUUUGGCCCCGGGCCCCGCGGGCCCUUUCCGGUGCAAGAGAACCCCACAGACGGGACCCAGGCCGGAAGCCUCGGGCCAAAUGACCCCUGGGGCGCGCAGCCAGAGGGCGCCGGGCCCGGGCCGGGCCAGGUGGCCCAGCCCAUGGGGGAAAACAUGCAGAGUCCCUACAUGAGCCAAAUGGGUGCAAACAGAGGACCCGGCCGGUCGGGCCAGUCGGGAACCUCCCAAAGCAAGCCCCCGCGCGCGCGGAGUCGCUCCUCUUCAGCCUCUGCGCCCUCGCCGUAUCCGUCCCCAGCGAUGUCUCUCACCCCGUCGGAGGGCUCUGCUGUCUCCUUCGGGACUUCUGGUGGCCCUGCCCCAGCGCAUGCGUCCUUUCCAGGCGCGGAGCCGAAAGAGGGGCAGGUCCUGCGCGCCCGGGGCCCCGAGAGCGGCGCCAGAGCCCCGAAGAAGCAGCGCGCCGCCUCGCGCAAAAGCCCCCCGGCGCAGCCCGGCCUCGCAGGGUACCCCACAAGUCUUCCAGGUGUCUCCUUGGGCCCCGCGGGCCCGAUGCUGGGGCCGAGUCCGGUGGGCCCAGACCCGCAUGCGCACCACGCGGCGGGGCUGAUGCAUGCGCACGAGAUGGGCGGCGUGGACCACGGGGCCGCGGGGCCGGGGAUGACCGCCGUGGGCCCUGCCGGCGGCCCCGUCGUCCCCCACCCCGGGGGCAUGCACCAGCCCCAUGUGGGGGGCGCGUAG